ACAAUCAAGGCUUCGGAAAUGUUUCGGAAAUAUUUGAUGAGAAAAAGUUUGCCAAAAAAAUCUCAAGUCUCGAAUCGUGCACAUGGUGUUUUUUGUUUCAUUGGCCGUGAAUCGAGUUAUGAUGAUGAUGGAUCGAUGUUCGGAAACUGAAUCCAAUUGUAGUGAAAGUUCGUUAUCGUCGUUGCGUUCUUCGAAAAUGUAUGUAAAAAGUGGCUACCUAUUAUUGAAUCCAAAUGAUCGUAUACUGGAAAAUCGUUUCGAAUCGAUUGUCUCAAAGCAUACACAAUUCUCAAAUUUAGAAUGCCUAAAGACCAUCAACAUGGAUGACAUUUUUUUCAAACUUCAACAAUUGAAAAUUCGAACGAGAAAUACAUCAAACAAUGAACUGUCGAUGAUGAUGUAUAACAGGGAAAAUAUUGGCCUGACUGAAGAAGACUUUAAACUUGGCAUCGACGUCGAUGAUGACUAUGAAAAUGUAAAAGAUAUUUCCCAACAAUUCAAACAUGUAUUCGGUACAUCAAUCGGUGAUCAUCAUCAAAACGAAAACGAUGAACCUUAUCUUCAAUUUGAUUUACCUUUAAUUGAACAACGUAAACGAUUGAAUAAAAAUGUGAUGAAUCAUCGAACGAAAGAUUUACAAUCGAAAACUACACUAACCGAUGAUAUUGAACAACAACUGAUGAUCAAACCAUUACGGGUAUCGCGGCGACAACGAAAGAAAAUUCUUUGCGAACAGCGAAAACGUUCAUUGCCACAAUGGUUUAAUAUGCCACGCGUGGAAGAGAUUAGCAAAGAAAUGGAAAAAGAUCUAAUGGCAUUGAAAAUGCGUCGUGUAUGGAAUCCGAAACAAUUUUAUAAAAAAUCAAGUCAGAUUUCGGCUGGCAAUGAUGAGAUGGACAAGAGGUCCAAAUAUUUCCAGAUUGGUACCGUGCAGCAAACGGCUAGUGAUUAUUAUUCCGGACGAUUAACACGUCGCGAGAGGAAACAAACUAUUCUCGAUGAAUUAAUGUCCGAUGCUCAAUUGAAAGCGUUUAAUAGACGUAAAAUGCAGAAAGCAAUGACAAGAAAUUCACGAUUGAAAAUGAUGAUGCAACGUGCCAAAUUACGACGAAUGAAGAAAAAGAUUCGAGAGAUGAAGCAGAGAAAAGUAAUUGCAAGCCAACGAUUCAAUCUGGAUUGAUGGUUGACAUUGUUUCCUGUUCAAGUUGAGCCUAUUUGAUCACCAAUUGAAUGUGGCAAUCCCCAUUACAUUGAUGUUUGUAUUGUUCAUAU